GUUUUGCCUUUGUAGCCUUAGCCUUAGAUUAAGGAUCAUGCAGAGACCCCAACCCCAAGUCACUUAUAGUUAGACCUCCACUUUAUAGGUUCUAUCAUCACUCAAACCUAGUCCAACUACUUAAUAUAACUUUAUGAGUUAUAAGUACAAAGGACUUCUACAUAAAUUAUCGGUAAGGCUUCUUCUCUCGUCAUUAUUUAACUUGUUUUUCACUUGCCUUCAAGUACUCAUUACCCACAUUCUUGACUCACUCCACAGCCAGCAGCAUUUUAUAUUUACAUAUAUAUAUCCACCAUCACAAAACAACAUUUAUAUAAAAUCAAGAAGAAAAGGCCACUUCACUACACUUUUCUCUUCCUAAUUUAAUAUUUCAUUUGAAAACAGCAUAUCCCAUGAACAUUCUUUUGAUUCAAUUUAGCUAAUCUGCAGCUGUAUAUAAUAUAAAAAGGGAACUCUAGUUCUGCAUGUAAAUUAGAGGCUGCAACAAAUAAAAGAAGAUGACUCAUGAAGAGAAAAGGCAAGAAGAUACCUCCAUUGAUGAUGCUUUGCCAUUCCACAAGCUUCUUGGCUAUGCUGAUGCUUUGGAUUGGGUCUUAAUGGCUUUGGGGACAUUGGGUUCUGUUGUCCAUGGCAUGGCUCAGCCAAUUGGGUAUCUGUUGCUUGGCAAAGCACUUGAUGCAUUUGGAAAUAAUAUCGAUGACCUUGAUGCAAUGGUUGAUGCCCUCUAUGAGGUAUACUUACCAAUUGUGUUCAUAUUGUUAUUUUGUAUAGAAAAGUACUAUGUGAGGAUUUAUUUUGUUUUCAUGUUUUGGCAGGUGAUUCCAUUUGUAUGGUACAUGGCCAUCGCCACUUUCCCUGCAGGAAUACUAGGUAAAAUCCCUUUCUUCCUUGAACAAUAUUUGAAUCAAUUACUUCACAUAUGGAAAGUAUACUUACAUUUUAUUCUCUCUAUAGAAAUUGGGUGUUGGAUGUAUGCAAGUGAGAGACAGACGGCUCGCCUAAGAUUGGCAUUCUUGCAAUCAGUGCUUAGUCAGGAAAUUGGUGCUUUUGACACAGAUCUCACGACUGCCGAAAUAAUCACUGGAAUCAGUAGUCAUAUGAACAUUAUACAAGACGCCAUUGGAGAAAAGGUAUUGGGGCAUUUUCUAUCAAGUGUGGCGACUUUCAUGAGUGGGUUUGUGAUUGCUAUCAUAAGCUGUUGGGAAGUGUCAUUGCUCACACUCUUGGUUGCUCCAUUGGUUCUUGCAAUUGGGGCUACUUAUACCAAGAGAAUGACUGUCAUUUCCUCUUUCAAAAUGGGUUACCAAUCACAAGCUACUUCCUUGGUCCAACAGUCAAUAUCUCAAAUCAGAGCAGUGUACGCAUUUGUGGGGGAGAGAGGUUGCAUGAAGGCGUUUGCAGAGCAAUGCGAGAAACUGGUUGUGAUGAGCAAGCAAGAAGCAUUGGUGAAGGGAGUAGGCAUAGGAAUGUUUCAAACUGUCACUUUUUGCUGUUGGAGUCUCAUUGUAUGGAUUGGAGCCGUUGUCAUUACUGCGGGAAGGGCCAGUGGAGGGGACAUCAUAGGUGCUUUGGGGCAUUUUCUAUCAAGUGUGGCGACUUUCAUGAGUGGGUUUGUGAUUGCUAUCAUAAGCUGUUGGGAAGUGUCAUUGCUCACACUCUUGGUUGCUCCAUUGGUUCUUGCAAUUGGGGCUACUUAUACCAAGAGAAUGACUGUCAUUUCCUCUUUCAAAAUGGGUUACCAAUCACAAGCUACUUCCUUGGUCCAACAGUCAAUAUCUCAAAUCAGAGCAGUGUACGCAUUUGUGGGGGAGAGAGGUUGCAUGAAGGCGUUUGCAGAGCAAUGCGAGAAACUGGUUGUGAUGAGCAAGCAAGAAGCAUUGGUGAAGGGAGUAGGCAUAGGAAUGUUUCAAACUGUCACUUUUUGCUGUUGGAGUCUCAUUGUAUGGAUUGGAGCCGUUGUCAUUACUGCGGGAAGGGCCAGUGGAGGGGACAUCAUAGGUGCUGUUCUAAGCAUUCUCUUUGGAGCAAUAACCAAAUAUGUGAAAUAUAAUGUUCAACUACAUCAAAUGAAAUACCUCUCUUUUUUGCUGUGUUGCAGCUCACUGACUUACGCUGCACCAGACAUGCAAAUAUUCAACCAGGCAAAGGCAGCAGGGAAGGAAGUUUUCCAAGUCAUUCAAAGGAAGCCCCCUGCAAUUGACGGUUCAGAAGACAAGACAUUGGAGCAUAUUGAAGGAAAUAUCGACAUACGAGAAGUUCACUUUGCUUACCCGUCUCGACCUCAGAAACUAGUCCUUCAAGCCUUCUCUUUGUCCAUUCCAGCAGGGCAGACCAUAGCCUUAGUCGGUCGCAGCGGGUGUGGAAAGAGUACAGUAAUCUCCCUCGUCACUAGAUUCUAUGACCCUCUCCAGGGAGACAUUUUCAUAGAUCAUCAGAACAUCAAGGAUCUGAAUCUGAAAUUCCUCAGGAAUAACAUAGGAAUAGUUUCCCAGGAACCUGUACUUUUUGCUGGAACCAUAAAGGAUAAUAUCAAAAUGGGAAAACUAGAUGCAAAUGAUCAACAGAUAGAAAAUGCAGCAAGAAUGGCGAAUGCACACUCUUUUAUAUCAAACCUUCCAAAGCAAUACUCAACAGAGGUUGGACAAGGGGGAACUCAACUGUCAGGAGGUCAAAAGCAAAGAAUAGCUAUUGCAAGAGCCAUUCUCAAGAACCCACGAAUUCUCUUACUGGACGAGGCCACGAGUGCAUUAGAUUCAGAAUCUGAGAGGUUGGUUCAGGAUGCCCUCGAAAAGGCUAUAGUUGAGAGGACAGUCAUUUUGGUUGCCCACAGAAUGUCGACUAUUAUUGGUGCAGAUAUGAUUGCAAUCAUAGAAAAUGGAAGAGUCUCAGAGACAGGAACACACCAAAGUUUGCUAGAAACAAGUAAAUUCUAUAGUAACCUAUUCAGCAUGCAUAAUAUCAAACCAAUUCAAGACUCAAGGUUUGUUCUUCGUACUAAAUACAAUUCAAAUUCAUUGUCAGAACCAGGGAGUACCCAUCAACAAGCUUCAUCUUGUGACCUUGAUCAAGAUGAAAAACCGGAGCCAAAAAAUUUCGAAAGAGAUUCUUUGAGCCAAGAAGGGAAAGAGAGACCAAAAGAAAUAUUCUUUAGAAUCUGGUUUGGCCUGAGUAAUAUAGAGAUUAUGAAGACUAUUUUUGGAUCUUUUGCAGCAGCUUUGUCUGGCAUCUCAAAGCCUAUCUUUGGAUUCUUUAUCAUAACAAUAGGGGUAGCCUACUAUCACAAAAAUGCGAAGCACAAAGUUGGAUUAUACUCCCUCAUCUUCUCUCUGGUGGGAUUACUAUCACUUUUUACGCACACCUUGCAACACUAUUUCUUCGGAGUAGUGGGAGAGAAGGCAAUGAAAAACUUCAGAGAAGCUCUCUAUUCAGUUAUUUCAGCUGUACUACGCAAUGAAGUAGCAUGGUUUGACAGACCUGAAAACAACGUUGGUUCACUUACAUCACAAAUAAUGAACACUACCUCCAUGAUAAAGACCAUAAUAGCUGAUCGAAUGUCUGUUAUUGUGCAAUGCAUCUCCUCCAUUUUAAUUGCCACCACUGUCAGCUUGAUCGUCAACUGGAGAAUGGCUCUCGUUGCUUGGGCUGUCAUGCCUUUCCAUUUUAUUGGUGGCCUGAUACAAGCCAAGUCUGCCAAGGGAUUUGCAGGAGAUUCUGCUGCUGCUCAUUAUGAACUAGUUUCGCUAGCAUCCGAGUCAGCAACCAACAUAAGAACUAUUGUAUCUUUCUGCCAUGAAGAACAAAUCAUGAAAAGAGCAAGAAUGACAUUAGAAGAACCAAAGAGAAAAAGCAAGAGAGAAAGCAUCAAAUAUGGAGUCAUUCAUGGCAUCUCCCUUUGCUUAUGGAACAUUGCCCAUGCCAUUGCUUUGUGGUACACGGCAAUUUUGGUUCACAAAAGACAAGCAUCCUUUGAAGAUGGCAUAAGAUCAUACCAGAUUUUCUCCCUCACAGUGCCCUCAAUCACUGAAUUGUGGACAUUAAUUCCAACUGUCAUCUCAGCCAUUGACAUACUAACUCCGGCAUUCCACACGCUUGAUCGAAAAACUCUUAUUGAACCAGAAAUACCAAAAAGUCCAGAAACAGAGAAAAUUGAAGGGAGAAUUGAUUUUCAAGGUGUAAAAUUUAACUAUCCAUCAAGGCCAGAAAUUGUUGUUCUUACAAACUUCAGCUUACAAAUCAAAGCAGGAUCAAAGGUGGCUCUUAUUGGACCAAGUGGUGCUGGAAAGUCCUCCGUUUUGGCACUUCUGCUCAGAUUCUAUGACCCUGAAGAAGGCAAGAUCCUCAUUGAUGGGAAGGAUAUAAAAGAAUACAAUCUGAGAAUAUUGAGGACACAUAUAGGGUUUGUGCAACAAGAGCCUGUUCUAUUUAGCUCCUCAAUCAGAUAUAAUAUUUGCUACGGGAGUGAGCAGGUCGCGGAAACUGAACUUUUAAAGGUGUCAAGAGAAGCUAGAGUACAUGAAUUUGUCAGUACUUUACCUGAUGGUUAUGAUACACUUGUUGGAGAAAAAGGUUGCCAACUAUCAGGAGGACAAAAGCAGAGAAUAGCUAUUGCUAGAACCCUUUUGAAGAAGCCAGCAAUUUUGCUCCUAGAUGAACCAACGAGUGCAUUAGAUGCUGAAUCUGAAAGAACUCUAGUUAGUGCUUUAGGGUCAAUAAACGGGAACAAUGGACUCAGAACUACUCAGAUUACAGUUGCCCAUCAGCUCUCCACAGUGACAAACUCAGACGUUAUUGUAGUCAUGGAUAGAGGUGAGAUUGCGGAGAUAGGUUCACAUACCUCCCUGUUGACAGCUCCUGAUGGAGUGUAUUCAAAACUCUUCAGAAUACAGAGUCUCGCUGAUGAUUAAUAUCUUAAAUCCAUACAGGUAGG